AUGAGUCCCUUUGAUGACAGCGGCAUCUCCCUCUCGCAUAGCUGCCAGACUGAGCAGAGACUGCUGCUAAGCAGAGAGCACCCUGAACAGAGACCGCUGCUAAGCAGAGAGCACCCUGAACAGAGACCGCUGCUAAGCAGAGAGCACCCUGAGCAGAGACCGCUGCUAAGCAGAGAGAACCCUGAACAGAGACUGCUGCUAAGCAGAGAGCACCCUGAACAGAGACCGCUGCUAAGCAGAGAGCACCCUGAACAGAGACCGCUGCUAAGCAGAGAGCACCCUGAACAGAGACCGCUGCUAAGCAGAGAGCACCCUGAACAGAGACCGCUGCUAAGCAGAGAGCACCCUGAACAGAGACCGCUGCUAAGCAGAGAGCACCCUGAACAGAGACCGCUGCUAAGCAGAGAGCACCCUGAACAGAGACCGCUGCUAAGCAGAGAGCACCCUGAACAGAGACCGCUGCUAAGCAGAGAGCACCCUGAACAGAGACCGCUGCUAAGCAGAGAGCACCCUGAACAGAGACUGCUGCUAAGCAGAGAGCACCCUGAGCAGAGACCGCUGCUAAGCAGAGAGCACCCUGAACAGAGACCGCUGCUAAGCAGAGAGCACCCUGAACAGAGACUGCUGCUAAGCAGAGAGCACCCUGAACAGAGACUGCUGCUAAGCAGAGAGCACCCUGAACAGAGACUGCUGCUAAGCAGAGAGCACCCUGAACAGAGACCGCUGCUAAGCAGAGAGCACCCUGAACAGAGACUGCUGCUAAGCAGAGAGCACCCUGAGCAGAGACCGCUGCUAAGCAGAGAGCACCCUGAACAGAGACCGCUGCUAAGCAGAGAGCAGCCUGAACAGAGACUGCUGCUAAGCAGAGAUCACCCUGAGCAGAGACCGCUGCUAAGCAGAGAGCACCCUGAACAGAGACCGCUGCUAAUCAGAGAGCACCCUGAACAGAGACCGCUGCUAAGCAGAGAGCACCCUGAACAGAGAACGCUGCUAAGCAGAGAGCACCCUGAGCAGAGACCGCUGCUAAGCAGAGAGCACCCUGAACAGAGACCGCUGCUAAUCAGAGAGCACCCUGAACAGAGACCGCUGCUAAGCAGAGAGCACCCUGAACAGAGACCGCUGCUAAUCAGAGAGCACCCUGAACAGAGACCGCUGCUAAGCAGAGAGCACCCUGAACAGAGACCGCUGCUAAGCAGAGAGCACCCUGAACAGAGACCGCUGCUAAUCAGAGAGCACCCUGAACAGAGACCGCUGCUAAGCAGAGAGCACCCUGAACAGAGACCGCUGCUAAUCAGAGAGCACCCUGAACAGAGACCGCUGCUAAGCAGAGAGCACCCUGAGCAGAGACCGCUGCUAAGCAGAGAGAACCCUGAACAGAGACUGCUGCUAAGCAGAGAGCACCCUGAGCAGAGACCGCUGCUAAGCAGAGAGCACCCUGAACAGAGACCGCUGCUAAGCAGAGAGCACCCUGAACAGAGACCGCUGCUAAGCAGAGAGCACCCUGAACAGAGACCGCUGCUAAGCAGAGAGCACCCUGAACAGAGACCGCUGCUAAGCAGAGAGCACCCUGAACAGAGACCGCUGCUAAGCAGAGAGCACCCUGAACAGAGACCGCUGCUAAGCAGAGAGCACCCUGAACAGAGACCGCUGCUAAGCAGAGAGCACCCUGAACAGAGACCGCUGCUAAGCAGAGAGCACCCUGAGCAGAGACCGCUGCUAAGCAGAGAGCACCCUGAACAGAGACCGCUGCUAAAGAGCACCCUGAGCAGAGACCGCUGCUAA